GGACCACUGAAGGUAUGAUAGGAAACUCGGGGCUGGCUGCAGCACUGACUGUUGCAUCAGUGAUGUCACUCACAUUUCUGUCUCUUCUGUGUCUGCGAUGCAGAAAGAAAGCUAAGAUCAUACACCCAGAGACUCAAAUAUACAAUCAACAGAUAUUCCAACGUGGGGGAAGUAGAUUUGCUGUGACGCAAUCAAAACCAGUCACCGGAGCCAAUCAGAGGCCUUCAACCAGAAUUGAACCUCUACGGGAAUCUGACGAAUGUUCUCCAGAUGAUGACUCAGGCUAUGAAAACAUCACAGAUGCUCAAACAGGAAAUUCAGAACCUGCAUACGUAGCUCCAAUCGCAGUCUCACUGUAUGAAAAUGAUGACAUUAAAAAUAUGAAAGGUGCAGAUCCAGCUGUCUACGGGAACAUCCUAGACACGCCUGAGGAAGAUGAUGACUACGAGAACUCUGCAUUCCUGGCACAACAAGAAGAUGAUGACCCAGAUUAUGUGAAUGGACCAGAAAACACCAGUGGACAAUAAACAGCUUGCACUCUGCUCUGUCUGUUGUGCAAAACUGGAAGUAAAACAUAUUUUUAUUCCUGCCAUGUGUGAUGUGCAAAUUAUGUGGACAGCUGUGUUAUCAAUACUGAAGGACCUUGAUUGUGCGUCAUCUGUGAAAACUGAGGCUGCCAUCUAGUGGUGAAAGAUCUACUCCGACGUACAAUAUACACUUCAUAGGAAAUAUAAAAUAUACAUAAAUAUACAUAGAUAUCAUGUUGUAUCUUCUUUUGUAUUGUUGAAUCUUUGCUUUUGGGGUCAGAGCAGAAAAUGUUGCAUUUGUUGUGAGCUCUGAGAAAUCAAUCCAAUGACUCCCUCCACAUUAUGACUGACCAAAUAUGCCUUAAUAAAAGUAAAGGCAUUGUUCUGCAGCUGGGUUCUUAUUUUGCUUUUCUGCUAUUAGAGAGUCAUUCAGAAAAACUAGUUAUUGUUUAUCUAACCAACAGUUUUUUGUAAGUGCCACUAAAUGCUCCCACAGAAGCAUUUUUUGUUCAUGA